AGAUAGUGACAGUCCCUGGGAAGUGUUUGUGGCGGCAUAGUACUGGUUGCUGCCCCAAGUGCUACUUCAAGUGCUACUUGAGUCUCGUCGUUUGCUCCGUGUGUCCCACGAGAGGAAAAGGAACACCCUUGAGCGCUUCCAAGACCGUUCAGUGCUUGCUUGAGAUUGCCAGUGAGAAAUGACACCGUGCUCAACUUUUUUGUUGUCGAACCUCAAAAACUGUGUAGCAUAAUAUUGUCCUUUUGGAAGACUUGUUUCAAAGAGAGAGAGAGAGACAUUUUGCGAAUCGGAAAUACCGGAAUUUAUACGACUUUCUAGUAUUGUUGGUCCACCAGAACAUCGUUGACCACCUCAGAACAGUCAGGUGCGCAUUGACAGUGAGAUAAAGGGAGAAAAUAAUAAACAGUCCCGAGUGGAUCUCGGCGUGGCGUGCCUCAGGACGUUCAUAGGAUCCCCGAAGGAUUGAUUCCUCCUGCCCUCGUCCGUCCGUCCGUCCGCCUUCUCUGAGAGCUCAUGGACGUGCAAUAGUGAGAGAGAUCAGUAGAACUUAUUCUUCCCCUACACGGACAUGGUACUAGACUGGUCAGAACCUGCCCACCACCACCUCAACAAUAUGGCAUCGCAUUUGCAAUAUUCCGAGGAACAGGGUGCGGGAUACGGGUACGGGGCAUUGGAGGGUCGUGGGGAAGAGUGGGCAGGGGUCAGCGACGCCCUGGUCUCCUACUCGGCUACCGCCACCUCACCCUUGCCCCCGCCUCCUCAGCACUUCUAUACCCAGAGUGAUGGCGUGAUGACUGAGCUGGGUGGCGUCAAUGGUCACGCAGGAGGAACGCCCGUGGGCGGCUAUCCCCCAUCGUCUGUAGCCAGCCCACAGAGCCACGCCACAGGCUCACUGCCGCCCACUUCACACCACCUGGGUCCACACACCGCCGCCCAUCGCCCCGUCGACCUCUCCCAGGCCCAGCGCGAGAACCAGCCCAGCGGCACGCCCGCGACCAUCCCGUACCCACUGCACGACCCCCACAACCACAGACCCACCCUUCUCGACACAGCGUGGCCCUCAGCAGAUGUCAAGACUUACGGAUUUCACAGAUAUCCUGGAUCGGCGAUGUUGGCGGGUUCUCUGACGCCCCCGGACAAGUUGAAUGGGGAGGGGCAUCAGGGCCCUCCCCACAACCACCACCACCACCCCCAUGCCCUCAUGCCAGUGAUGCCCACGCUUCAUACCCCGCCUUCGCCACUGCCUACUCCCUCGCCCCCCGUCUAUGACAGAUAUGCGCCAAAAGACCAGCGUCUGACGCGAGAGGCUAUGCAGCGGUACCUGAGGGAGCGAGGAGAUCAGAUCCUGGUCAUCCUUCAUGCCAAGGUUGCUCAGAAAAGCUACGGCAAUGAAAAGAGAUUUUUUUGUCCUCCGCCGUGUAUCUACCUGUACGGCGACGGUUGGCAGCGGAAACGUCACGAGCUGCAGCGGGCUGGCGCCUCCGAGCAGGACUCCCAGCUAUGUGCCUUCAUAGGGAUCGGAAACUCCGACCAGGAUAUGCAGCAGCUUGACCUCAACGGGAAGCACUAUUGCGCGGCCAAGACGCUCUUCAUCAGCGACUCGGACAAGCGGAAACACUUCAUGCUGACUGUCAAGAAGUUCUGGGGUUCCGGGGCUGACAUCGGCGUCUUCCACUCUCGCAGAAUCAAAGUUAUUUCGAAACCGUCCAAAAAGAAGCAGAGCCUAAAGAAUGCCGACCUUUGCAUAGCGUCCGGCACGAAGGUGGCGCUCUUCAACAGACUGCGAUCGCAGACGGUGUCCACCAGAUACCUGCACGUUGAAAAUGGCAACUUCCACGCCUCCUCCACGCAGUGGGGAGCUUUCACUAUACACCUGCUUGACGACAACGAGAGCGAGAGCGAGGAGUUCAACGUACGGGACGGAUACAUCCACUACGGGUCGACGGUGAAGCUGGUCUGUGCCGUGACGGGCAUGGCCCUGCCCAGGCUCAUCAUCCGGAAGGUGGACAAGCAGACCGCCCUUCUGGACGCCGACGACCCCGUCUCCCAGCUGCACAAGUGCGCCUUCUACAUGAAAGACACUGAACGCAUGUACCUUUGUCUCAGCCAGGAACGCAUCAUUCAGUUCCAGGCAACACCGUGCCCAAAGGAGCCCAACAAGGAAAUGAUAAACGACGGAGCCUCGUGGACCAUCAUCAGUACUGAUAAGGCCGAGUAUCAGUUUUACGAAGGGAUGGGUCCUGUGCGCGCUCCCGUCACUCCAGUACCUAUUGUCAACUCUUUGCAUCUCAAUGGUGGAGGCGAUGUGGCAAUGCUUGAAUUGACUGGAGAAUCCUUUAGCCCUAAUCUACGUGUGUGGUUUGGUGACGUAGAAGCAGAGACGAUGUACCGAUGUCAGGAAUCCAUGCUCUGUGUUGUGCCUGAUAUCUCUGCCUUCCGCAGGGGUUGGCAGUGGGUCCGUCAGCCGACACAGGUACCAGUCUCACUAGUCCGGCACGACGGCAUCAUAUAUGCAACCAACCUGACCUUCACCUACACCCCGGAACCAGGACCUCGACAGCACUGUCCUCAGGCCGACGACAUCAUGAGACCUCCUGCGCAUCGCUUACCUCCAGCGGCCUUGCAAGAGGUUCCUACCUCAGCCCAUCAUCAUCACGCCUCUCCUCCAGCCAACCCUCUUAUUCCAUUACAGUUUGAACCAUCACAGCCAAUUCAUACAUCGACACAGCAACAGCAGCAACAACAACAGCAGCAACAGCAACAGCAGCAGCAACAACAGCAGCAGCAACAACAACAGCAGCAGCAGCAACAGCACCUCUAGGGCAUUCUUUUUGUCUUCCUGUAUAAUUGUAGCUGGCAAGCACCCUCAGGAACUACAUUACAGCUGCCCAAUCAUGCUGGGGUCAGGUCGGGAAGGAAUCGAUGGGCAGGCAGGGCAGGCAGGCGUGUGUGCGGUGGUGGGAAAAACAUAGUGUGUCACACUAUGAAGUGGACAGUAGUCAUACACACUAUAGACUGUGAAAUUCCCAGUUAUAUUUACUGAGCAUUAUCAUUGGAGUUUAAAGCCCUCCCCCUCCCCAGUGUGUUGUGAAUUGUGAUAUGCAAAAAAAAAAAAAAAAUGUGUGUGGCCAACCACGAGUGCCAAAAUGGACACAAAUUUGAAAGGUUUGGCCCACAUUGCAAGAGAUGACAGUUUGAAAGACAGACACUUGGAAAAGUAAAGUGUUGUUGUGAAUGCACUGGAAAGUGUUCGUUAGUGAUUAUUGUGAUGCGUACAACAUUUUUUUCUUUGGUUAUUAAAAGUGUUUAUCUUCACGUCUAUAUGACAUUCCAUUUUUCUAUUAAUGACCACACAAUGUACAAAGUGACUAGUAUUUAGGAGAUUUUUAAAAUAUUAUUGUUUAUGAAAAGGGAAAAUUUUAUCCAUAGAAAACAAAUCAAACUCGAAAAGGUUUUUGGCAACAAUUAAUGAUAAUGAUGAUAAAUUCAUAGAGGUUCCUUCAAACUGUUUGUGAUAUUUUUGUACGGUAUGAAAGUGAAUGCAAAAUAUUUUUAGAUCUCAAUGAUAGGUAUUCAGAACUCUUGAGUGAAUCUUUGUAUUGUUUUAUUUUUGUAAAUAUGUGCUAGAUAUCUUCAGCUGUUUUCAUUACACAAGUAUAAAGGCCAACAAAGUAAUUAGUCCUCACAGAUUGUCACACUUGAAAGGUUGUCAUUGUACUGUUAGGCUAGAAUGACUGGAGGUGGAGCUUGACCUUCCCAAUUCUGAUGUUUUCGUCAUUGCCAGACAGAGCCUUAUUCAUCAACCAAAACUGGAACUUGCUGCAGACAGAUGAUAUCAUGAUUUUGUGUAUAUAGAUGCCUGAUUUACCGGUGUAGUGUUGUAAGUAGAAAUUUUGUACAUCUUUGUAUACAAGUAUAAUUUUGACACUUUUGAGAAAAACGAAACUAGCAAUUCUUGUUAGAACCCAAUUGAGUUAAGGUGAGCUGAUUAGCCACACCCUUCAGACCUGGUUUUUGAAUUUGGGGAGAAAUAGCAGUGUCCACUUCACAGUCAUAGAUGAGGUUCACAGAUUCCAAGGAGGUCACAUUUUAUUCCAAGGAAGUCACAUUUUUAAGUACUACUGUAGUCGAGCGAGCAUACUUUUUGGUCACAAAAAGAAAUGUGCCUCUGGUACUUGGCACAUGAAGAAAAUGUGGCUUGUACAGCAGUCAGUUAUUGUACAGUAUUUAAUAUGCAAUAAAAAUUUCAGUUUGUUUU